AUGAAACGAGACGCGCGUAAUUUAGUAGGGCCAACGCACCGGACCGAGUACCGAGCCGCGGGCUGAGCAAGGUUGUGACGUCAUAGUAUGAGCGCGAGUAAUCUCGGAAAUUUAAAAAAGGCUUAAACUUCUAGUCGUUAUAACUUCGGAAAUACUGCAUGUAUUGAAGUGAAAUAAAAACUAAUGUAAUGUACAUGAUCUACGCUCUGAUUUUAGGUGUAUUUGGUAGUAAUAUUUUGACCCUUUUGUGUUCUCCAUUGUAUUUUGACAUAAGAAUCUUGUAUAAGAACCGGAACAGCAACCGAGUCCGAUGUACUAUACCUACCUUCAGUUCAGAAUAUCAGAAUCACCAGACUACGGUCCUGUGAUUUCAAUGCAUUCAGUCAACCAGAAAAGCCGUCAAUUUCAUCUACAGCAACGUCAGCAACAACAUCCACACCAGUAGUUCCAACAUCUGCAGCACAAUACGUCAUUCAAUAUGUGGAUGAAUCUGAUGUGGCAGCAACGGUUCCACAGCAAAACACUGAUGUAAAUCAAAUUGAAAAUUAUCUAAAAUUGAUUUUAGACAAUCAAAUUAAUAUGGCACAAACAAUAAAUGUUCUAAUAGACAACCAGAAAAAAAUGUUUCAUAAACUUGCAAGUCUAUCUGUGCAGAUAGAAUACGAAUUUUCCAAGUGUGACAAUACCAAAAAUACAGAUGUGGUUGCACUGGGCAAAUCCAGCAAUCCAAUCGAAAAUGAAGCUUUUGUCAUAAAACCAAUUGAUUCAGUUAAAGAGCUAGAGGAACUGGAAUCACGUUUAAGUGACAAGCAGCAAAAAAUUCAACUGCUGAAGCAAUAUUCUUUUAUAUGUUUACAAUCAGAUGGAAAAGUAAACGACGCUGCAAAUGAAACAGUAAACACCAACGAAGAUUAUACGAAUGAAAGAAAAGAACAAGAGGAAGAGGUCAUAGUAGACGUCGCUGCAAAUGAAACAGUAAACACCAACGAAGAUUAUACGAAUGAAAGAAAAGAACAAGAGGAAGAGGAGGAGGAGGAAUAG